AUGAACCUGAAGAACCCCGAUCAGCUUUAUGCCCAUGUAGUCAUAUCCUGGGUAUUCACAGGCAAGUUCCUUAUCAUACCGAGCCGGACAGGUCUGACCAAAUCCCAGCCUUUGUCCUGCUACUACGAGCGAAGAACAUCCAGAACCAUCCUUAUUACCUCGAUACCUGAGCACUGUCUGAAUGAAAAGGUUUUCCAAAAGCUGUUUGGCCAUUCGUUCGUUCAAUGCUGGAUACCACGAGCCGCAAGGAGGUUGAGGAAACUGGUCAAGAAGAGGGAGAAAAGGGCACAACAAUUACAAGACGAAGAAGUUGCCCGAAUCAAUGAUGGGAUUCGCGGAAGACUAUAUCGAUGGUCCAGUCCCCUCAAUUUCAACUGGAUAAGACAAAGACGAUCUAACGAGCCUGACGUGGAGAAGGUUAGGCUUUUCCAGAGGACAUCCAGAAAAACACGACACGUGGAUAUUCAGCCUGGCAAAGUACAAAUAUCGAACCACGAAAGUUCAAACCUAGCAUUUGAGCCGUCCAAUCCUGAAUCUGGUAAAAUCAGGUCGACUCGAUCGGAUCUGCACGUCCUCAACCAACAGAUUGAUAAGUUACGCCAGGAAUACGAAGCUGGCCAGGGAAAGCACAUGAAUGCGGCAUUCAUCGAGUUCGACUCCUUUGCCAAUGCUCAGGCUGCAUUCCAAUCAAUUCCCCAGCAUCAGCCACUGCAAAUGUGUCGACAAAUCAUGGGCAUCAAGCCUGGUGAAAUUAUCUGGAGCAGUCUAAGAGUCAAAUGGUGGGAGCGCCUUUUACGAGAAUUUGUGGUGGCAAUCUUGAUCGGUGGAUGUAUUAUCGUCUGGAUCAUGCCCAUUGCCCUUGUAGAGUUCGCAACAUCUGCACCAAUGGUAGGUAGAGUGCCCGGUGUUUCGGAGCUUCCUCCAUUAGCGGUCAAUGCCAUAUCUGGCUUGGGACGAGCACUCCUCAUGUGGAUCUUGCUUGAGUUCGUCCCAUUUCUCAUGAGACUAUGUGCCAAGCUUGCAGGAGUUCCUACUCUGACCGAUAUGGAACACUUUGUUCACAAACGAUACAUCAUCUUCCAAGCACUACAAAUAUUCCUUGGUCCAAUGAUCCGGACUAGGCCCAUUAUGCCCACCAGGUCGUUCCUCGACUACAGCUUCUUGCAUGCAGAUGUGCCCAAGGCUUCUAACUUGUACAUGUCAUAUAUCUUGGUUCGGUGCCUCUCGGCUGGUGCUACAGAGCUCAUUCAGCUAUGGCAGCUGUUCCUCAACGUGGGUCGAAAGAAACGUCCUGGAACACCUCGGACGACCUACAAGAGGUUUUGUGAACUCGAUGUAGUUCAUUGGGGCAGUGUUUAUCCUGUAGCCUAUUUCAUUCUGCUGUUUCUCAGAUCUGGCGCGUGGGGCCGGUUUUCUCUGCUCGUGUUGCUGGCCAUUUUCACUGUUUUUAUUCACCUGUCCCUACGGAAAGCUAUGAAUCCUCGCAUUGAUAGCUUCAGCACGCUCGAUCAUGACGGCGCAUCUAAGGGGUCUUACCUGGGCGAGGAUAGUGCGGCUAGAGGCCUUGACCAAUGUGGAUCAUCUUCAAACGUUGUGGCUUCAACAGAGAGUCUGAGGGAUCUUUCACCAUCAACAUUCAACAAGAGCUUUUGGAGCACUCAAAGAAAGGUCAAACACCGCAUGUGUGGAAGCUGGUUCCGCACAUCGGCUUUUGAGGAUUUUCAGAAUGAUAUUUCACCAAACCAUACUGAGGAUGAGUUCAUGGCCUUGUACGGGCCAAGUUGCUAUCAGCCUCCAGAGACAUGGCUUCCGAAACCGAAACUCUGGCUUCCUGAGGAUGGCGCUAUUGGCAACUGCCUAGAAUCUCAAGAUGUUGGAGAGCCUCUGUCAAUAUCGCACGAUGGAGCACAGUUAGAUGAAAAAGGUCGAGCGACUUUUGAUCUGGAGCUUGCUCGAUUUCAUGAUGAUCUUUUGUUCUAUCGUAAUCUCCAUUUUACUUUAUAG